GAUCUCCGGAUUGACGUCACAGGCAUUUUCGGCCUCGGUAAAUUCGCGGCAAGUAUCAUCGGCUGUCCAAAGGGUCAACGAGAACGUAGCGAAAUGGCAGACAGGGCCUAGCAGCGGCAUGCUUUUUAGAAGGCCAGACUUUUAUCUGGAAUCGAUAUAAAGAUAGAAGUAUCGUCCAUCAGUCUUGAUAUUCUAAUCGAAUAUGGAAGUUUUUAUCGCACGAAUCUUUCUGACAGAGAAGUCAAAUUGUGAAAGAAGGCCAGCGAGACAGAGACAUGAGGAUGUUGAUAGACUUUCAUUUCAUGGAAUGUUGCUUUUAAAACAAAUUGUAUUGGCAGGCCAGUUCCCUGAUUUUAAAAAGAAGAUUCGCGCUUUUUCAUCAGCUCUUCCUUUAGUGCAACAGCUAAGAAAAUCAUCGCGCAAUUAAUUCGGGAGGAAAGACCAAAACAAAACCAGUAUACCGGGAAUGAAAGCUGUAUGAAUUGAUACAACAUAUUCAUUAGGAUAAAGAGCUUCAUAUCAACAUGACUAUGACUUAUUAGAAAUAAACCAGGACAAUCGAGGGCAUGGACAAGAAAGUAUACAAACUUUCAAGACAAGACUAAAAUCCUACCAUUAGUCAUGAGUGAAACAACUUUUUCAAAAAUUAUAAAUGUGUUUUUAUACAAAAAAAGGGAUUUGAGAUUAUAUUAAUAAUUCAACUUUUUCAAUAUACUUGUGUAAAUAUAAUUUUUGUUUUUAACCUUUAAGCUAUUUCAGGGGCCUUUUCAGCUCCUUUAAGCUGUCAGAAUUUCAACCUGCUAUAUUUAUGAAUAAUAAAUACAUGUUUGUAUUUAAAUACUUGGCUACAUUGAAUUAUAUAUUUAAAUAUCUAUACAAUCAGGCCAGUGAACUAGCUAGCAAUUUGUAAUUUCUAUUGCACAUGAGAAAUGUUCUUAUAAAAGUAUCAUGAAACAAUAAUCUAUCUAAUUUCUAGAAAUUACCUAUAUGUUGUUACUAGUUUGAAAUAAUAGUUCUGGAUUUGCAAACUUUAUAUAGAUAUGACCAAAUUAUAUAUAAAAUUUUGAUAAUUGUAAAAAUAGUCUCCUUUGUAAAAAUGUUAAUACUAAAACAGAAUAAUGUGUUGAGGUCUUUGUGGUAACUCUUGCAGGGAAGAGAGGGGCAAGUUAUCACUCCCCCAAAGCCAGUAGCCUGAUAACAGGAUGCAUGUAAUCUCCAACCUUCAUCUAGCAUUUUUUUGCAAGAUCCUUUCUGCUGAUCCAUAAAAGAGUUUGUUACCUUUUUUAUGCCUAGAAUAAUAAGGUUGGCAGGGAUCAAUACUAACAUACCAGUCAAAAUUUACUUUAGAGUCAUAUUAAAACAUAAAAUGAUCAAAGAAAUCACUACCUUGGACACUCAGGGGCAUUCAGAGUAUAGAUAUUUAAAAGGAUCAAAGAGAAAUUUAGGGGUGAAAGGGCAACCACUGUUACUAUAGCAAAUAGCAUCUAAGGAUAUUAAUUUAAAGUAACACAAAGAUGAAUUUAAAUGAUAUAGGCCAUGCUUACAUGAAUCAAUGCUAGAAUAGCAAAGGUAAAUUUAACAAAUAUAAACAAUUCUGCCUUUAAAACAUUAGAAUGAGGAUAUGACACAUCUUUUUUCCAAAACCAAGGGUGUAAAUUCCAUGUUUUAUCUUUGGGGUAGUAGAUCUUUUGCCCUGGAUAUUGAUCUGGAAAAUUUUGAAAUUGUGCAUCAAUUUUAUGAUGAAAUAGGCAGAACUCCAAAAUUGAAGGCAGAACAUGGUAGAACAUGAUGAAAAAGGGUUCAGGAGACAAACCCUGGAAAAUUUUACACAUCUAUACCUCGGGCAAAGGUGUAGUGCACAGAUCAUUGGAGGGGAUGUAGUGCUAGGAGGCUCAGGCCCCCUUGUUGGUACAAAAAAGUAGCAAACUUCUACUUUUGGUACUAUUUUAUGUGACAUUUUGCUUGAGAGCCCCUGUUGUACUUUUAAUAUAACCACAUUUCUGACCAUUUGGGGGGCAGUUCACAAGACUGGCUGUUAAAAAACUUAUAUUUAGAGGACGAAGUUUUUCUCAAAGCCCGGCAAAUUGCAUUGCUUAGGGGGUGUGUGUCACACCUUCCGCAAACCGCCUCCAAACCUCUACACCCUGCAGUUUCGCCAAACGUUCAACAUAGUAAAAUGAUAAUAAGGAUGAAUUGUGACUUACGGGGAAGUUUCCAUCUUGUGAAUAGGGUUCUUCUUCUAAUGCGUUAAGACAUCAAUUAUUAUUUAGCUCCCUGGAAAUCCCUGAGAUGAGACGACGAUAAGAAAUGCCUUCGGUCAGAAAUCCAUUCACAUCGGAAAAUUCGUGAAGCAUUCCAUUUUGAAAAGCUUGCUGCGUUGCCAAGAUGAGGAUAUGCGUUCAGGUUGAAGCUUCCAUCUUUGAUUUGUCGAAUUACUAGUCCAUGUUGGCUGGAAGCCUCCGCUGUACAUUAAUCGCAAUGAAGGAAAAUAAAUAAAACGACAACUGAGAUUCCGACAUGAAUCGCCUCUUCCGAGCCUCUACCGAGUCGUGCGAAUUUCAGUGCGAACGUAUAACAAUAGCGCCGAAUGUUGAAACAAUAGCCCUUUCACACGUCACAGAGUGCUUUUUCCGAAAAAAAAUUUGUCGUAUUUUUACGGCGAUUCUCAACUUUGAGCGUCUAUAUCUGGAAAACGAGUUAAGCUUUUCAAAAAAAAAUUUCACGAUGGCUUCUUUUUCUCGACUAACUACCAAUUUAUGCAAAAAUCUCAGAAAAAUUUUUUGGGCUGGAGUGGCCCUUUAAAUCUCUCUCUGCGACAAGUACCAUUCAACUUUUCUUCGCCUGUCUUGUUUCUGGAAAAGCUUUUCACCCUUUUCAUUAAGCUGAAAGAAUGUUUAUUUGUAGCAACAGAUGGAGCAGCAGUGAUGAAAAGCCGGUAGAGACUUGCUGCCAGUUUAAGUAUUCCGUACCUUUGCUCGGAAUGGAAAGCAAUUUUGGCCGCUACGUUGCAGCUCAACUGUGCCACUUCUUUCCCGUUCUCUAGAUCCCUCUGUUGUUCUUCUUCGUGCUUUCUCUUUGCGUGUUCGAAGAAAACUGCCAGCUCGCUGUGUAGAGUGGUGCUGCUUUCACGAGAGAACACUGUGGGAAACAUUGAAAGAAGACUGCGCAGUUCCUCGACAUUGCCCGGCAUUUCUGGGUUCAAUACUUUUAGGAAGGGUUCAAACGUACCUCUGAGACACUUUUCCUUUUCAGCAAGAGUAGCAGAAAGGCUGUCAAUAAACUUAAAGAACUCUGUUCUGUAGAAGAUGCUAAUUUGUUGUAGCUCGAAAUUCUCUGCUUCUGGACGACGUAUGUUUUUGUGAAGUCUUGCAAAAUCUGCAAUAGGGUCGGUGCCGAGAUAUUUUGCAACGCUGAUGGCGGCUUCAAUUUGGUUAUUAACAUUUUUACUCUCCGAUCGCAUCCUCUUCAGGCAGUCUUGAGUCGAGUUCAGUACGACCAAGUCACUGGCAACAUUGACGCUUUUUCUUUGCAAAUAAUCACUUAAGGUCUUUGUUUGCGGCAUUAUGAUUUUGAGAAACAUCAGGCCACAGACCAAAUCAAUGUUUACAAUGUCAUUUAGAAGGAGGUCGGGUGGUGCGGAGCGCCGUAGUUUAAAGAACUUCUCCAUCUUACUGCACUGAAGUCAUAUAUUCGCGCGAAUGUGUAAGUUAGACGCGCGGAUGAACCUCGUAUUUGUGGAGGAAACAAGAGAAAAACGGGCCUAAAUGAACUAGAGUGUCGAAGAUAGAUUUGUUGGGAACGUGCACUCAACAGUUACGUAAUUGCUGAUUUUGGCAAAACUGCACAGAAAUAUGCGACGUAAAUGCAGUUUGCAGCAAUGGGAGUUGUGUGUGCAAUGUAGGAUUUACAGGGAAUGGCUCAUUUUGUGCGGAAUAUUCAAGUACUUUGCCGGUGGAGCAAUUUGCAACUACAAGUGGAUUUAUAACAAUAGCAAAUACGAACAACCUCUGGACACUUACUUCCACAUCAAUGUUAGGAGAACUAUCUACAAUGCUUUCCUCUGUGGCAGAACAAACACUUGCAACCUCAACAAAUCCCUAUAUGUCAGAAUUUUCAAUAACGACAACAGUAUUAGCAAUGAAAAAUAAUCAGUCAAUACAAGAAAGUAAAUUUCAGUCAAUAUCAUAUGCUACAUCAAUUUCCCAAAUUACAGAAAAUACAGUUAUUAUGGAGUCACCGACUCCAUCGAAUACGAAUCAUCAAGGUUUACUAAAAACCAUUGAAACUAUCACAAAAACGUCAGGAAUAACAAACUCAACAACGACUACUAGUGUUUCAAUUUUAUCUUUAGUUCCUGAUACGAUAUCAUCAAGUAGCGGUGAGAAAUCCACAGUGGCCUCCAGGAACGAAUCUGUUUCACUUGCAGCUACAAGUCCUGUGGGGGCAUCGACAAGUACUCAAGUACUGUUAUCGUCUAGCAAUGAAUUUACAACACCAACAUCGAGUAUACCAAGUGCAGUAGCUUCUACUAGUGUUCCUGUUUCGAUAUCAUCAAGCAUUUCUGAUACUUCGAUUGUGUCCCCCUAUGGAACUUCAUCAACAGGAAUAAUUACAUCUGAUUUGCAAACUAGUAUUGGAGGUACAUCAUCGUUGCCUUCUUCAGUGAUUCCGACCACUUCAAAUACAAUAGCUGCGACAAGUUCAUCUUCAGUUGCUGAUACGAUAUCAUCAAGCAGUGCUGAGACAUCAACAGUGGUUUCAAGUAUAGGAUCUGUCUCACUUGCAGUUACGAGUUCUGUAGAGGCAUCGACAAGUACUCAAGUACUGUUAUCGUCUAGCACUGAAAUUACAUCACCAACAUCGAGUAUACCAAAUGCAGUAGCUUCUACUAGUGUUCCUGUUUCGAUAUCAUCAAGCAUUUCUGAUACUUCGAUUGUGUCCCCCUAUGGAACUUCAUCAACAGGAAUAAUUACAUCUGAUUUGCAAACUAGUAUUGGAGCUACAUCAUCGUUGCCUUCUUCAGUGAUUCCGACCACUUCAAAUACAAUAGCUGCGACAAGUUCAUCUUCAGUUGCUGAUACGAUAUCAUCAAGCAGUGCUGAGACAUCAACAGUGGUUUCAAGUAUAGGAUCUGUUUCACUUGCAGUUACGAGUUCUGUAGAGGCAUCGACAAGUACUCAAGUACUGUUAUCGUCUAGCACUGAAAUUACAACACCAACAUCGAGUAUACCAACUGCAGUAGCUUCUACUAGUGUUCCUGUUUCGAUAUCAUCAAGCAUUUCUGAUACUUCGAUUGUGUCCCCCUAUGGAACUUCAUCAACAGGAAUAAUUACAUCUGAUUUGCAAACUAGUAUUGGAGCUACAUCAUCGUUGCCUUCUUCAGUGAUUCCGACCACUUCAAAUACAAUAGCUGCGACAAGUUCAUCUUCAGUUGCUGAUACGAUAUCAUCAAGCAGUGCUGAGACAUCAACAGUGGUUUCAAGUAUAGGAUCUGUUUCACUUGCAGUUACGAGUUCUGUAGAGGCUUCGACAAGUACUCAAGUACUGUUAUCGUCUAGCACUGAAAUUACAACACCAACAUCGAGUAUACCAAGUGCAGUAGCUUCUACUAGUGUUCCUGUUUCGAUAUCAUCAAGCAUUUCUGAUACUUCGAUUGUGUCCCCCUAUGGAACUUCAUCAACAGGAAUAAUUACAUCUGAUUUGCAAACUAGUAUUGGAGCUACAUCAUCGUUGCCUUCUUCAGUGAUUCCGACCACUUCAAAUACAAUAGCUGCGACAAGUUCAACUUCAGUUGCUGAUACGAUAUCAUCAAGAAGUGCUGAGACAUCAACAGUGGUUUCAAGUAUAGGAUCUGUUUCACUUGCAGUUACGAGUUCUGUAGAGGCAUCGACAAGUACUCAACUACUGUUAUCAUCUAGCACUGAAAUUACAACACCAACAUCAAGCAUACCAAGUGCAGUAGCUUCUACUAGUGUUCCUGUUUCCGUAUCAUCAAGCAUUUCUGAUACUUCGAUUGUGUCCUCCUAUGGAACUUCAUCAACAGGAAUAAUUACAUCUGAUUUGCAAACUAGUAUUGGAGCUACAUCAUCGUUGCCUUCUUCAGUGAUUCCGACCACUUCAAAUACAAUAGCUGCGACAAGUUCAUCUUCAGUUGCUGAUACGAUAUCAUCAAGCAGUGCUGAGACAUCAACAGUGGUUUCAAGUAUAGGAUCUGUCUCACUUGCAGUUACGAGUUCUGUAGAGGCAUCGACAAGUACUCAAGUACUGUUAUCGUCUAGCACUGAAAUUACAACACCAACAUCGAGUAUACCAAGUGCAGUAGCUUCUACUAGUGUUCCUGUUUCGAUAUCAUCAAGCAUUUCUGAUACUUCGAUUGUGUCCCCCUAUGGAACUUCAUCAACAGGAAUAAUUACAUCUGAUUUGCAAACUAGUAUUGGAGCUACAUCAUCGUUGCCUUCUUCAGUGAUUCCGACCACUUCAAAUACAAUAGCUGCGACAAGUUCAUCUUCAGUUGCUGAUACGAUAUCAUCAAGCAGUGCUGAGACAUCAACAGUGGUUUCAAGUAUAGGAUCUGUUUCACUUGCAGUUACGAGUUCUGUAGAGGCAUCGACAAGUACUCAAGUACUGUUAUCGUCUAGCACUGAAAUUACAACACCAACAUCGAGUAUACCAAGUGCAGUAGCUUCUAGUAGUGUUCCUGUUUCGAUAUCAUCAAGCAUUUCUGAUACUUCGAUUGUGUCCCCCUAUGAAACUUCAUCAACAGGAAUAAUUACAUCUGAUUUGCAAACUAGUAUUGGAGCUACAUCAUCGUUGCCUUCUUCAGUGAUUCCGACCACUUCAAAAACAAUAGCUGCGACAAGUUCAUCUUCAGUUGCUGAUACGAUAUCAUCAAGAAGUGCUGAGACAUCAACAGUGGUUUCAAGUAUAGGAUCUGUUUCACUUGCAGUUACGAGUUCUGUAGAGGCAUCGACAAGUACUCAAGUACUGUUAUCAUCUAGCACUGAAAUUACAACACCAACAUCAAGCAUACCAAGUGCAGUAGCUUCUACUAGUGUUCCUGUUUCGAUAUCAUCAAGCAUUUCUGAUACUUCGAUUGUGUCCCCCUAUGGAACUUCAUCAACAGGAAUAAUUACAUCUGAUUUGCAAACUAGUAUUGGAGCUACAUCAUCGUUGCCUUCUUCAGUGAUUCCGACCACUUCAAAUACAAUAGCUGCGACAAGUUCAUCUUCAGUUGCUGAUACGAUAUCAUCAAGCAGUGCUGAGACAUCAACAGUGGUUUCAAGUAUAGGAUCUGUUUCACUUGCAGUUACGAGUUCUGUAGAGGCUUCGACAAGUACUCAAGUACUGUUAUCGUCUAGCACUGAAAUUACAACACCAACAUCGAGUAUACCAAGUGCAGUAGCUUCUACUAGUGUUCCUGUUUCGAUAUCAUCAAGCAUUUCUGAUACUUCGAUUGUGUCCCCCUAUGGAACUUCAUCAACAGGAAUAAUUACAUCUGAUUUGCAAACUAGUAUUGGAGCUACAUCAUCGUUGCCUUCUUCAGUGAUUCCGACCACUUCAAAUACAAUAGCUGCGACAAGUUCAUCUUCAGUUGCUGAUACGAUAUCAUCAAGCAGUGCUGAGACAUCAACAGUGGUUUCAAGUAUAGGAUCUGUUUCACUUGCAGUUACGAGUUCUGUAGAGGCUUCGACAAGUACUCAAGUAAUGUUAUCGUCUAGCACUGAAAUUACAAUACCAACAUCGAGUAUACCAAGUGCACUAGCUUCUACUAGUGUUCCUGUUUCGAUAUCAUCAAGCAUUUCUGAUACUUCGAUUGUGUCCUCCUAUGGAUCUUCAUCAACAGGAAUAAUUACAUCUGAUUUGCAAACUAGUAUUGGAGCUACAUCAUCGUUGCCUUCUUCAGUGAUUCCGACCACUUCAAAUACAAUAGCUGCGACAAGUUCAACUUCAGUUGCUGAUACGAUAUCAUCAAGAAGUGCUGAGACAUCAACAGUGGUUUCAAGUAUAGGAUCUGUUUCACUUGCAGUUACGAGUUCUGUAGAGGCAUCGACAAGUACUCAAGUACUGUUAUCGUCUAGCACAGAAAUUACAACACCAACAUCGAGUAUACCAGCUGCAGUAGCUUCUAGUAGUGUUCCUGUUUCGAUAUCAUCAAGCAUUUCUGAUACUUCGAUUGUGUCCUCCUAUGGAUCUUCAUCAACAGGAAUAAUUACAUCUGAUUUGCAAACUAGUAUUGGAGCUUUAUCAUCGUUGCCUUCUUCAGUGAUUCCGACCACUUCAAAUUCAAUAGCUGCGACAAGUUCAUCUUCAGUUGCUGAUACGAUAUCUUCAAGCAGUGCUGAGACAUCAACAGUGGUUUCAAGUAUAGGAUCUGUUUUACUUGCAGUUACGAGUUCCGUAGAGGCAUCGAUAAGUACUCAAGUACUGGUAUCGUCUAGCACAGAAAUUACAACACCAACAUCGAGUAUACCAGCUGCAGUAGCUUCUAGUAGUGUUCCUGUUUCGAUAUCAUCAAGCAUUUCUGAUACUUCGAUUGUGUCCUCCUAUGGAUCUUCAUCAACAGGAAUAAUUACAUCUGAUUUGCAAACUAGUAUUGGAGCUACAUCAUCGUUGCCUUCUUCAGUGAUUCCGACCACUUCAAAUUCAAUAGCUGCGACAAGUUCAUCUUCAGUUACUGAUACGAUAUCAUCAAGCAGUGCUGAGACAUCAACAGUGGUUUCAAGUAUAGGAUCUGUCUCACUUGCAGUUACGAGUUCCGUAGAGGUAUCGAUAAGUACUCAAGUACUGUUAUCGUCUAGCAUUGAAAUUACAACACCAACAUCGAGUAUACCAAGUGCAGUAGCUUCUACUAGUGUUCCUGUUUCGAUAUCAUCAAGCAUUUCUGAUACUUCGAUUGUGUCCCCCUAUGCAACUUCAUCAACAGGAAUAAUUACAUCUGAUUUGCAAACUAGUAUUGGAGCUACAUCACCGUUGCCUUCUUCAGUGAUUCCGACCACUUCAAAUACAAUAGCUGCGACAAGUUCAUCUUCAGUUGCUGAUACGAUAUCAUCAAGCAGUGCUGAGACAUCAACAGUGGUUUCAAGUAUAGGAUCUGUUUCACUUGCAGUUACGAGUUCUGUAGAGGCAUCGACAAGUACUCAAGUACUGUUAUCGUCUAGCACUGAAAUUACAACACCAACAGCGAGUAUACCAACUGCAGUAGCUUCUAGUAGUGUUCCUGUUUCGAUAUCAUCAAGCAUUUCUGAUACUUCGAUUGUGUCCGUCCCCCUAUGGAACUUCAUCAACAGGAAUAAUUACAUCUGA